AUGCAAGCCAUUUGGGAUCUUGAACAAGGCAAAUAUGGUUUUGAUGCCUGCGGCCUGUCGGACGUGGCCCACGUGGAGAGCCUGCAGGAAAAGUCCCAGUGCGCGCUGGAGGAAUAUGUUCGCAGCCAGUACCCCAACCAGCCCACACGGUUCGGCAAGCUCCUCCUGCGCCUCCCCUCCCUCCGCACCGUCUCGUCCUCAGUCAUAGAGCAAUUGUUUUUCGUCCGUUUGGUAGGUAAAACUCCCAUCGAAACGCUCAUCCGGGAUAUGUUACUGUCCGGCAGCAGUUUUAACUGGCCCUAUAUGGCGAUCCAAUAA